AUGGUGCAGGUGAAGGCCCCUCCUCCCGCCUCCCUACAUGCAGCCCCUCCCAACUCCAUGGGCACCAGAGCGGGAGUGCUGGGAGAUGGAACAGACAGAGCCCCCUCAGGACAUCCACAGAUGACCAGCAGGUUAUCCAACCGGAUGGACAGAUCCACCAGUUGGUCAAAGGUGAUGGUGGCAUUCCUGCAGUUCAACUCCCGUCGGACGUCCUCACCCCGCCUCCGUGGCCUCUUUAGAGAGGCGACCCUUGCUGCCGACCUUGGACUGGGGACACGCCACGGGUCCCAAUGGACGGGAGAUUCCGGCAGCACCGGACGGACGGGAGAUUCCGGCAGCGCCGGAGUGAAGGGCUAUUCUGGCGUUGCCGGCGUGACAGGCGGCUCUGGCAGAUCCUGGCUGACUGACGGCUCUGGCAGCCCCUGGUUGACUGAGGGCUCAGGACAGACUGGCAGCUCUGGCAGCUCAGGACAGACGGGAGAAUCUGUGUCUUUGCAUGAAAUCCUGCCUACUCGAAUGACCCUGCUGCCAUGGCCCAGGAGCAGAAGUUCAUUGGCAGCAGAGAACUGGAAGGAAAGGCAGCCAAAGGAGGAAUUGUCUUUGGGGGUGACCAGUGAAAUAUAUCUGCUGGAGCGCGUGCUAUGGGUGGGUGCUGCUAUGGUGACCAGUGAGCUGAGAGAAGGUAGGGCUUUACCCUUUCAUGACCAAUACAGAAACCGGAUGAACAUUGGAAUUAAUUUAGAAAUGUGGAAGACGGAUGCAUAAAUACCCGCCAUUCUCAUGGACUGGUAGCUAGGUAACUGUUUGGUUAAAUUAUUUGGUUUGAUAGCUACGUUACCUACUAACCACGUUAGCUGCUAACCUUAAUGUGUUCGAUGUUCAAGCUAGCUAACCCAACCACUUAACUAGCAAGAUAAGAUUCUAUGUAUUCGGACUGUUUUGUACUCAAAGCAAUCUAACAAUCCAUAUCCAUAUAUUUAUAUGUUCAUAUUCUUAUGCAUCCCUUUACAGAUUGCUUGUUAGAUACUACUGCACUGUCGGAACUAGAAGCACAAGCAUUUCGCUACUCAUGCAUUAACAUCUGCUAACCAUGUGUAUGUGACCAAUAAAAUUUGAUUUGAUAUCAUCAUGUAGCUACACUGCAAUAAACCCCACAAUAUGCCAAAUGCCUUUAUUUCAACUAGCUAAUGUCAGAUGUGCAGAUGUGCAGAUUUUUUACAUGAUAAUAUUAGUGUCUUUGCUUUGUAGAUGAUAAUGUUAGCUAGUUUGACAGGAACCUGAGGUGGUACAAGUUGUGGUUGCGCAAACCCCAACACUG